AUGGAUGAACACAGAUCACAAAACCCUGAUGCUUCUACAGAAGCAACGAUAUUAGAUAUGGACUCUAAACCAGGCGAAGGUAAGCCAAAACGCAUUCGCACGCCAGCAGAGUUACUCGAGAGAAAAUUAAACAGAGCCAAGCGUUCGGCCACCUUGUUCGUGGUAAUGACAAAUCCCUUUACUGAAUUGACAGUAGAACAAGCGGAAUAUAUUAAGGAUACUCUCGAUAGCUGUAUUGUGAAGCUCGCUGACGUUCAGACCGAAGACACGUACUGGCCUACAUUCCUGGGAACACCAGGCUACAGCGAAGGUGUGCUCAAGCUACGCUGCGAGGGAAUGAAAGACGUGGAAUGGCUGCAGAACACUUUAGCCACUAUAACCUCACCAAUCCCGGGCACUGAACUAGUAGUUAAACGCCAACGGGACAUCCCAAGAAGACUAAAAUCUGCAGUCUCGCUACCUUUUUGCUCAGACGACACUGCAACCAUCCACAACUUUCUGAUUACUCAAAACGAGUGGUAUAAGAUCAACAAGUGGGCUCUUUACGAGGUCGAGCGCACCGAGGAUCCUCCAGGAACCUUUUUAGUUAUUGGUAUCCCAUUCGAUGAGAUACCAACGGUGAUGGCAAGGGAGCGUAGGCUCUUGUAUAAAGAGAGCGUCGGUUAUAUCCGCUUUUAUGGGAAAGGGACUACGGUGUAGUCUAUGCCAC